AUGGAAAACUCGUUCGAUCUCCCCGACUCCACCGACUGGCUGGACACUCCGCUGUCUCUGCUCGCGCCGCUAGAGUCCUCCCUGCGCUGCCAAGUGUGCAAAGACCUUUUCGACAACCCAGUCAUCACGUCAUGUAGCCACACGUUCUGCUCGCUAUGCAUUCGCCGCUGUUUGAGCACAGAGGGGAAGUGUCCCGCUUGUCGCGCCUCCGACCAAGAGCUGAAGCUCCGUCGCAACUGGGCGGUCCAGGAGCUUGUCGAUGCGUUCCAGACUGCACGGCCAAAGGUUCUGGAGCUGGCCAGGAAGGAGGCUACGCGGCUUGCGCGUGGUGAUCCUGCGCUGGAUGGACCGUCCUCGCCUAAGAAACGGAAGCUGGAUCAGCCGCCAACGGAGGGGUUGGACGGAGCACCCGGUAACCCGCAGGGUGUGCGCACCAGAUCGCAAAGGUGGAGAAGUGAUGUGCCAGGCGCUUCGUCCGGUCCGGAAGUUAUCGAAGACAGCCAGGAUGAGGACUACGUUCCAGGUAUGGCAUCUUCGACGUAUUGCGCACAUUGA